AUGGUAGAGCGCGAUUCAUAUAUCACUGCAGAAAAUAUAACGAGAACGAAGUUUGAUGAAACAUCUACGCAGUUUGAUGAAGCGGUCGAGCGGAUAAAUGGAACAUCCGUGCGACUAGAUGGAGCACCCACGCUUGAUUCUUUUUAUAAUAAGGACGGUUUAUUAUUGAGAACAUACGGGUGGCUAGUAAAAAAUGCUAUAGGUAUUAUAAUACUAAUACACGGCUUAAAUUCGCACGUUAGGUUUUCUUUUUUAAGACAUAACGUUGAUAUAGUAAAUUAUGACAAGGCUUUGUUAAAAGAUGAAAAUAAUUAUUACGUUUACAAGGAUAGUUGGAUAGAACACUUUAACAAAUGUGGAUAUUCAGUCUAUGGUAUAGAUUUGCAGGGUCAUGGACAAUCUGAAGGAUGGGGGAAUUUAAAGGUUAAUGUAAAACAGUAUGACGAUUUGGUGUAUGACGUGAUGCAAUACAUUCAUGAAAUUCAUGACAAAGUGAGUUCAUAUGGUGAUAAAUCGGGAGAUUCAUCAUCAUCUGGUGACGAAAGAUGUGAAGAGGUACCCACAGUUAGUAACAGAAACCGUGGCACAUUCUUAUCUGUCAAGGAAGCAGGUGAGGAAUCGGAACCGAGCGGCAAAAAUAAAGGCAAAUCGUCAAGCGGUAAAAAAGGUGAUAAAUCGUCAAGCGAUAAAAAAAGUGAUAAAUCGUCAAGCGGAAAAAAAGGUGAUAAAUCGUCAAACGAUAAAAAAAUUGAUAAAUCGUCAAGCGACAAAAAAGGUGAUAAAUCGUCAAGCGACAAAAAAAUUGAUAAAUCGUCAAACGCAAAAAAAAUUGAUAAAUCGUCAAGCGGCAAAAAAAGUGAUAAAUCGUUAAUUGUCCAAAAAAGUGAUAAAUCGUCUAGUAGUAAAAAGGACUAUAGAUCCUCUACUAGCCAAUUGAGUGAUGAUUGUAGUAGCAAACAUAGUGAUGGGUCUAGUAGCCAAAUAAGUGAUAAAUCGCCUACUAAAAGAAAAACUAAUAAGUUACUGUCCAUUGCCGAUGCAGGGGGUGAAAUGAUAUUUAAAAAAAAAAAAAAGAAAAAAGCCCUCCCCACUUAUAUUAUUGGACAAUCGAUGGGAGGAAAUAUCGCUUUAAGGACUUUACAAUUACUGGGAAAAUCGAAUGAUGAGAGAAAUAAGAGAUUAAAUAUUAAGGGGUGUAUAUCAUUGUCCGGGAUGAUUUCCAUUGAACUAAUGGCAGCAUCUCCGCGUUCCUAUAAAUAUAGUUGCUUCUAUUUGCCAUUUUUCAAGUUGUUUUCCUGUUUUUUCCCAAGAUAUCGGCUUAUAAAUAAUAUGCGUUACAUAAGGUAUAAAUAUAUGAAUGAUGUGGCUCGGUUCGAUAAAAUUCGUUAUAAGAAAGGAAUAACAAGUAGAUUUGGAUAUGAACUUUUAAAAGCAAUGAAAAUUUUAGACAGAGAUAUGAUUUACAUCCCCAAGGAUAUUCCCAUUUUGUUUAUCCAUUCGAAGGAUGACACUUUAUGUUAUUAUAGAGGAGUUGUAUCAUUUUUUAACAGACUAAAGAAUGACAAUAAGGAGCUGCACAUUUUAGAAAAUAUGGAACACAUGUUGACCAUCGAGCCUGGAAAUGAAAACGUUUUAAAAAAGAUUUUGACUUGGCUCACCAAUUUGCCGAACGCAAUAAGGGACACGAAAUGGAAUUUCGAAGAAAGGGGUUUAUAA